AUGCCGAAUCCUUCCCUAGAGCCGGAAAUACUCAUUUCUCGUCUGUCCCAUCGUCCCCGCCACCUCCUCAAAGCCAUGAUCACGGUCACCAGCCCGCCAAAAUCUACAGAUUCAAAGCUAGCUGACCGUGUCUGGACCGACCGUGGCUCGUCACUCGGCAUCCUCGAUCGUCUCCCGCCGGAAAUCGUGUCAAUUCUCCUUGGUAUGCUCGAUACCCAGUCAAUUGCGCGUUUCGCUUGCCUUUCUUCCCGAGCCAACACGUUCGUUCGGUCGCAGCGUGCAUAUCGAGACCUGGCCACACUUGUUCCGCAGGUGCUUUUGGCCUUGGGCAGGGUAGGCCUGAUCGGUCUUCAUUCCGUCGCUGAACUGCACGCCGCUUUGCGAACGGAACGGUGCGCAACUUGCAUCGAGUACGGCGCGUUUCUGUUCCUUCCGACCUGCGAGAGGUGCUGCUGGGAAUGCCUCCGUUUAAAUCCGUCAUUACGGGUGCUUUCACGCAAGGAAGCUAAAAGAUAUUUUGGUCUCUCGGAUCGGCAUCUUCAACGGCUACCUACCCUUCGCGUUAUUCCUGGCGACUACGGCAUAUCCGCCAACCCUGCACCGGAACAUUGCGAGCUUAUUAGCGUAAAGGCAGCGAGAGGUCUCGGACUCAUAGUGCACGGGUCUGCGGGAAAACUAGCACAGGCCAUGGCGAGGAGGUGCAAGUCCACAGGACUCUUCGUCACGGGUCGGUACCUCCAGGGCGGCUGGCCAGCGGUAUCCCAAGAUCAGGACCUGCUGCUGCUGCCUAGCCAGGGCAAUAUUCCGACGGAUGACUUCUUUGGCAUGGCUUCCAUUCCGUUCCCUUCACUCUCAAAGUCAGGCAGGAUCGAGGACGGUCUGUGGUGCCUAGGCUGUGAAGUCACCCUCCGCCGAUACGAUAGUCUACGCUUACCUCGAGAUGUGCUCGCGGCCAUUGUGCCUUCUAACUGUGGGCCACUGCGGGUGUUGCUCGGCUUGGAACGGCGGGCCCGAUCGAAAGAGUCAUUCUUAGACCACGUUAAGCACUGCUACGGCGCGCAGCAAUUGAUUCCUGAAUUGGCGACAGGAAAUGGUUGA